UGCUUAAGUGCAUCAUUUGGGGCGGGGGCUGGGUGUGGGGUCGCCGGCAUGUUUGCAUUGGGGAGCAGCCCCUUCCCUUUUCCUGUAAGCGCUAUCAGCUUUCUUGUCGAGUGUCCGAUAUGUCCCGUCCCGGCUGGAGUUGCAUGGCAGUGUUGCUUUUUUAGGAUGUGUCACUUGUGCAAAUAACACGAACAAAGGCAGAAAGUAAAACGAAUACAAAGCAAGUACUGUUACAAAAGAGAUUGCAUUUGCAUGCGCUGUUAGUUAUGCAUCGGUGGGGGGCCAUAGCUCAUUUUGUUUAAAUAAAACAGAUGGGAUGUCCUUCUAGGGCGCUUGCUUUCCGAAACCAAAUUUUACGACUCUGAACGCUGUCCACUCUUUAUCCCAUUCUUGCUCCGAAGAGUAUCCUAUUCCAUAUAAUAUCUGGAUAUAAUUAGCAAUAUGCCAGCUGAGUUUGGACGCUUCCUAUUAAUAAACAUUCUAACUUGGUGAGGACCCGAGUCUUAAUGAGCGGCGUCCCUCACCUCCGUACAUUUUACGGACUUUAUGGAGGAGUUUGCAUUAGGCGUCCGUAAGUGACGGGUUUAAAAGGUCGUACCGUGAUAAGAUGAGAGAGAUGGUGAGUUAACUUGAAGACAGCCGGGUCAAGUUACACACACAUACACAGAGAGACACACACAAAGAAGCAGUCGAAACUCUACAGGACCCCUUUGAACACUCAUCUCCGCCCCCGUUUUGAAAUUUCACUUAACUUUUUCUUAAAGGCUGCGGACAUACAGUACAAGAUCCAGUCUCUGCGUUGCAAAUUUCUUGUCCCGCAAAUGGGAACUUAAAGGGACUUAUUCCUUGUUUUUUUUAAAGGAUUUUGAGUAGCUGGCAUCAUUUUUCCGAUGUUAAUGGACAGUCAUUGAAACCAUAGACGCUUGUUUUAAAAGAAACGUUGUAUCCUAUCGCUUCGAAUCGCGUUAAAGAGGGUUAAAAACAUUUUUGAUCUUUACCCAAAGGAUACUACAGUUAAUUGACGAUUCUUUUCGUGUUUUACAAAAAAAUAAAUAAAUAAAAUUUGAAAUUAAAUCGAUACAUGCUAAUGGUGUGAUGAAAAAAUAAAAUGAUUAGCGCUUGGAUAAAGUGUUGCGUCUUUGCGUUGUGGAUAUGGACAAACCAAGUGACCGGCGCUCCCCGGGCAGAGGAGCACCCGCUCCCCUCUGACAGCGCCUCCACCUUGGCCUUCGUCUUCGACGUUACCGGCUCAAUGUACGACGACCUCAAGCAGGUGAUAGACGGAGCCUCCCGGAUCCUGGAGAAAACCCUCAGCCGGAGAGCAAGACCCAUCAGGAACUUCGUGCUCGUCCCCUUUCACGAUCCAGAUAUCGGGCCGGUGUCCAUCACCACUGACCCAAGGCAGUUUCAGCAUGACCUUCGCGAGCUCUUUGUGCAGGGAGGAGGGGAUUGCCCUGAAAUGAGCGUGGGUGCCAUCAAGCGGGCACUGGAGGUGUCCCUGCCCGGUUCCUUCAUUUACGUCUUCACAGACGCCCGAGCUAAGGACCACCGCCUCAAACGUGAUGUUCUUCAGCUGGUGCAGCUUCGACAGUCCCAGGUAGUCUUCGUGUUGACGGGAGACUGCGGCGACCGCUCACACCCCGGUUAUCGCGUGUACGAAGAGAUCGCCGCCACCAGCUCUGGGCAGAUCUUCCACCUGGACAAACAGCAGGUCAACGAGGUGCUAAAAUGGGUAGAGGAGACGGUGCAAGCCAUGAAGGUCCACCUACUGUCUUCAGACCACGAAUCUGCCCAGGAGAAUGAGUGGAAUGUGCCCUUUGACCCUAGCCUGAAGGAGGUGACUGUGUCCCUUAGUGGACCGGCUCCACAGAUAGAAAUUAAGGAUCCUUUUGGCCGCCAAGUUGGAGAAGCUCAUGGACUAACGGAACUCUUGAGUAUCCCAAACUCUGCCCGUGUGGUGAACGUGAAGAACCCCAGACCUGGAAUCUGGACUCUGAAGGUGGGCUGCAGUGGUCGACACACACUCAGAGUCACUGGCGUCAGCAACCUGGACUUCCGGGCUGGGUUCUCCAUCUUACCAGUGUCUGAGUUCAACCACACAAGGGAACGGCCAGUUCAAGGUGUCCCGGCCCAUGUUCUUCUGAAAUGCGCGGGGCUUUCUCCGCCGGGCCUGGUCAGCCACACAGAGCUGGUCUCUGCCUCCGGACGCUCCCUGCGCACUCUCCCCGUCCCCCUCCCCUCAGACAAGGGUGCCCGUGGGCUCUGGAAUGUCCCCGAGUUCCAUUCUCCCUCUGAGAGGUUCUUCCUACGAGUGUCCGGCAAGGAUGCUGACGGUUACAGGUUUCAGAGGCUGUCCAGCGUCUCGUAUACCAACAUCAUCCCAGGGCCUCCUUCAGUGAGCAUGCCCAGUAGAAUCACAGGCUUCUACAUGCAGCCCACUCUGAUUGGCUGCUCUGUGGAAAGCGAAGUCCCUUAUAGGCUGAGAAUCAUCAGGAGUGGAGUCCGGAUCGGGGAGGAGAAAACCUUUCAGUCCUCUGUCAAAGCAUCAUGGGAAAUCCCAAACGUUUCUGGGGAGGACGAGGGGGUGUACGAGUGUGUGGCCGAGAGCAGAGUGGGCCGGGGUCGGGCCGAGACGCAGCUGGAUGUGAAAGACCCCCUGCCGGUCCUGAAGCCCCCCACCAAUGUGACGUCCCCCCGGGGGGCCCGGGCUGUGCUCAUCUGCCAGGUGGAGGGCUCCAUGCGGUACAACAUGACGUGGCGUCGGGACGGGCGGCGCCUAGGCUUAGCCGGCACUGGCGGAGUGAGAAUUCUGAGGAACUCCUCACUGGAGAUCGAUCCCGUUGGACCUCAGGAUGCGGGGGAGUACCAGUGUGUGGCCAGCAACACACAAGGCCAGAGCAGGGCCAGUGUCUGGCUGCUAGUCCCAGAGGUUCCUUCUGUGGUCGUCACUCCCCGCAGGCUGGCCUUCUCCCAGGGGGGCGAUGUCCGUUUCGUUUGCACGGCCUCGGGGUCACCCACCCCCCAGGUCUUCUGGACCUACAAGAACAUGUUUCUGAUGAGCGGAAGCAGAGUGUCCAUAUCAAAGCACGGAACGCUGACCAUCAGAGCGGCCCUCCCAGAGGAUGCUGGGAACUACACCUGCCUGGCGUCCAACGAAGCCGGAACGGCCAAUCAGACAGUUACCCUGAGCUAUGAAGAGCGCCCCAGCAUUAUCGUGGCCAGACGUGUGAUGCUGGUGGUUGCUGGCGAGGACGCCCUUCUACAGUGCCAAGCCACGGGGUCUCCGCCCCCUCUGGUCAGCUGGAUCAAAGGCGACCAGCAGGUGGCGUCGCUCCCAUUCGCCAUGCAGGACGGGCAGCGUGGCACGCUCCGGCUUCCCAGGGUCCAAGAGGAGCAUGCGGGGGAGUACACCUGCGUGGCCAGCAGCUCAGCUGGAACUGCGUCUGCAGUCGUUACCCUGGAGGUCGGAGUUGCCCCCCAGCUCUUCAGCAUCCCCCAUGACGUCUCUGUGGAUGUGGGGGAGAAUGUUACCCUGCCCUGCUCCGCUCGUGGCUUCCCGAACCCGUCGGUGACGUGGAGCCGAGGGGAGGGGCGGCCGGUCUUCAGCAGGCCCCAUGGGCACACUGGGGCCCUGCAGCUCGACUCGGGGGGCCUCCUCAUCCACAGUGCAUGGAUUGAUGAUGAAGGCCUGUAUAUCUGCGAGGCCCAGAACCAGUUUGGAUCUAUACGUGCCGAAGCUCGAGUGACCAUCACUGGCCUGGAACCCCCGGUUUUGGCUCGUGGGGCCCCAUCACUCACCACCGUGAUUGGUCAGUCAUUGACAAUUCCCUGCAUGCUGAUGGAUGGAAUUCCUUUGCCGGAGAGAUACUGGCAACAUAACGGAAAACAAGUCCAACUCGGCACCAGGACCUUCCUAAAGAGUGACGGUAGCCUGCAAAUUGAUAGGGUUAUCCCUGAGGAUGCCGGGACCUACGUCUGCACCGCCAUCAACGUGGUGGGGUCAGCGAACCUUUCUGUCACCCUGGAUGUGCACGAUCCCCCAGAGAUUAGGCCAGGUCCCCUGCAUUACAUCGCUAAUGAGGGCGUGGCCAUCACCCUGACCUGCGAAUCUGGCGGCUGGCCGAAGCCAACCUUGGUCUGGACUAAGGGACGGGAUCCCCUGCCCAGCCACACCUCUGCGCUCCAUCAGGGACCAGAAGGGCAGCUUCACAUUCCCAAGCCCACAGCGGACGAUGCCGGAAUCUACGUGUGCACCGCCAGCAGCCCCGCGGGCUUUGCCAGCCGGGAGACGCAGCUCAGCGUCAACACGAAGCCGACCCUGGUGGGCAGAAGUGACCACGAAACCACAGUAAAGAUGGCCGUCGAAGCCGGGUCGGAGGUCAUCCUUCCAUGCGAGGCCCAGGGCAGCCCUACUCCUCUGGUCACAUGGCUCCGGGACGGACGGCCCAUCCCCCCAGUGUCAGCUUGGUUCGCGAUGCUGCCCUCUGGUUCUCUAAAGAUCUCUGAUGUCAGGCUCAUCGACAGCAAGCUCUACACCUGCACCGCAGUGAACCCGGCAGGAAAUGUGUCACUCACCUACAAUCUCCGUGUACAAGUUAAGCCCAGAAUCGAGCCCGUGCCUUCGGUGGUGAAGGCCCUUUUGGGCCAGACGGUCACCCUGCCAUGUGCCGCCCAGGGUGAACCCUUCCCAGAGGUCAGCUGGUCCCGGGAUGGCGUAGCUCUCGGGCGAGGCGAGGCCCACUGGAUCCAGAGCGUGACACACAAAGAUGGGGGUACAUACCACUGUGAGGCCGAGAACAGUGCCGGGAGGGACACCAAGGACAUGGUGCUGCAGGUCCUGGAGGCUCCAUCCUUUGUGGACACUGGAGCCGCUGUCAUGGAGAAGGUAGCUGGGAACAAGGUGGAGAUUCCUUGCUUCGCAGGAGGUUCUCCGCCACCAAAGAUCCGCUGGUUCAAGAACGGCCUGGAGAUCCGGCCUGACCGGACCGGUGCCGACGUCUCCGUGUCACAGAACGGCUCCCUCGUGAUCGCUGCCGUCUCUGCUGGUCACAGUGGAGAUUUCCGGUGCGUGGCCACCAAUGAGGCCGGCUCCUCAGAAAGGAAGACCCGCCUGAAAGUGAACGUCCCCCCAGAGAUCCAGGAGGACAUGCAGCCCCUAAACCUCACUGUCACCCUUCAGCAGCCGCUCACCCUGGCCUGUGACGCCUUUGCCGUUCCCCCACCUGCCAUCACCUGGGCCAAAGAUGGCCGACCCGUGGUGGAUACCCCUGGGGUGUACCUCCAGAAUGCAAAGCGGCUGCUAAGGAUCUUCCGUGUGCAGGCGGAACAUUCCGGGCAGUUCUCCUGUACAGCUGUCAACACAGCUGGGGAGGCCAGGAAGACCUACAACAUUGUGGUUCAAGCCCCUCCGGUGAUCUCCGGCUCCUUGGGGGUGCAGGACCUGGUGGUGGUGGUAGGCCAGGAGGUGGAACUGCAGUGUCGAGUCAGUGGGCGACCAGUGCCCAGGGUGGAGUGGAGCCGCGAUGGGGAGGUGCUCUCCCGCAAAGGGGACCCCCACGUCCUGUUUUCCGAGGGGGGCCAAGUGAUGAGGAUAAAGUCGGCUAGGCUCAGGGACCAGGGUCAGUACCAGUGUUUGGCGAUCAACGACGCUGGGACUGAAAGCCGCCAGUACCGAGUUAGAGUUCAGGCGCCCCCUACUGUCCGAGGCUCAAGCGAGCGCUCCGAGAUCUCCGUGGUGCUGGGCUUCUCCGCUGUCCUGUCGUGUGAGGCAGAGGGAGUCCCUGCUCCCAGCCUCACCUGGCUGAAGGACGGCCAUCCCCUGGUCUCCGGGCCCCGGCUGACCUACGAGCAGGAGGGGCAGAGCCUGAAACUGGGCGUGGCGCGUGCCGACGACGCGGGGCUCUACACCUGCCGCGCCACCAACCCCGCCGGCACUGACAGCCGGCACUACACCCUGACGGUGCUGGUUCCACCCAAGAUCGAAGGAGGCGACGGCGGCAGCGAAGCCAAAGUCAGGGUCAGCAGCACCCUGGUCCUGUCUUGCUCAUCCAGAGGCUUCCCUGACCCCACCACCCAGUGGUACCGAGACGGACAGCCACUAGGGGGCCACACUCCCACCGGGGUCCGGGUUGAAGGCCAUCUCCUGCACAUUGAGAAUGCUGUGAGGAGCCACGAGGGACGCUAUACCUGUGUGGUCUCCAAUGCCGCUGGAGAGGAAAAGAGAGACUUCCAUGUCACCGUUCAGGUGCCCCCUAUCUUUCAUCGCGUUAACAAUGGCCCAGCGGCCUGGGGUCUGGGAGUGGAGGAAGAAGAAUGGGCAGAGGAGGGGGCGGAGAUCACAGAGAGGCAGGAGGUGGUGCUGGGCCACCCGGCCACACUGUCGUGCGAGAGCAAUGCCAUCCCCCCUCCGCACCUCACCUGGUACCACCAGGGACACCAGCUCUCUGCCCUGGAUGGCGUGGUUCUGCUACCUGGCGGUCAGGUCCUGCAGAUCCCGCAGGUCCGGAAGGAGCACGCCGGGAAGUACACGUGCCAGGCAGUAAACGAGGCGGGAGAGGACCGCAUGCACUUCCAGCUGGAGGUGCUGGUGCCCCCUGUGAUCUCAGGCCAGAGUGAGGAGUUUGUGGAGGAGGUUGGGGCAGUGCUGAACAGCUCCGUCUCACUGCAGUGCGAAGCCACGGGGACUCCGCCCCCAUCCGUGUCCUGGCUGCGGGAUGGCGAGCCUGUGGAGGAGGGGCCGCGCUUCCAGCUGCUGGAGGCCGGCCGGGUGCUGGAGGUCCAUGCCGUGCAGGUGGCAGACAUGGCCAGCUACCUGUGUCUAGCAGAGAACAGCGCGGGAACAGCGGAGAAGCUCUUCAGUCUGACGGUUCAGGUUCCGCCAACGGUCAUUGGCUCGAAGGAGGAGCAGGUGAGCGUCAUCGAGGGUCACAUGGUGUCCCUGCUUUGUGACGUGCAGGCGUACCCCCCCGCAGAGAUCACCUGGACCCGGGACGGGCAGCUGCUGGCAUUUAGCACGGGGAUCCACGUGUUGCCAGGGGGACAGAUGCUUCAGCUGUCCAGAGCCAGGCUCCAGGAUGCCGGCCAGUAUGUCUGCACUGCCACCAACACUGCAGGACAGGAUCAGAAGAGCAUCGAGCUCAGUGUCUACGCUCCACCUACGCUGAAGCCACGUAGCAAUUUCGAGUCAGAGGUCGUGACCCCGCAAGUCGGCUCGAACGUCGUGCUCCGGUGCGAUGCUCAGGGUACGCCAGAGCCCGAGGUCACCUGGUACCACAACGGGCUCCAGAUGGUGCCAGGGGGCAGGCUGGAGAUGGAGGGCCACCUUCUGCAGAUUAAAGGGGUGCAGGUGUCAGACAGUGGCAUCUACAUCUGCAAGGUCUCCAACAUCGCUGGGCAGGUUGACCGAAGCUUCCGUCUCACUGUCCAUGCACCCCCUGUUCUGGAGCUCCCUCUAGAGGAGACCCUCACUCACACCGUGGGCUCCCAUGUCACACUGCUGUGCGAGGCCACGGGGGUCCCAGCCCCCAGCAUCACUUGGCUCAAGGAUGGCUCUUCUAUUGAGAGCAGUGUGCAGUGGAAGUGGGCCAUUCGGGGGAGUCGUCUGGAGUUGGGUCCUCUCCAGCUUUCCCAUGCUGGCAUCUAUACCUGUGUGGCCAAGAACAUCGAGGGAGAGUCACGCAAGGAGUACAGGCUGACUGUGCAAGUUGCCCCCACAAUCCUGGACUCAGGCUAUGCAUCUGAGAUUAGUGCACCAAUUGGAGAAAAGCUGUCCUUGGAGUGUCAUGCAACAGGCAUCCCGACACCCCAGCUGACCUGGUUGAAGGAUGGGGAAGCGCUGGACUCUGUCGACAUUCAACAUUUGCGCUUGUCUCCAGAUGGGGGCACUCUUACCCUGCUGACUCUGCGGCCAGAGGACUCUGGGACAUACACCUGUUUGGCUGUCAGUGCAGCUGGGCGAGAAAGCAAGAUCUUCACUCUCUCUGUGACAGUUCCGCCGUCCAUAGAGGGUAUGACGGACACCCCCCAGGAGGUGCAGGCCUCCCUGGACAGCAUGGUGACACUGGAGUGCCAGGCAGUGGGUAGCCCCCUACCCCAGAUCAGCUGGUUGAAAAAUGGGCGGCCUCUACUCCUCUCUCCCCGCUCCCGCCUGCUCUCUGCUGACAAGGUCCUUAGGAUCUCACCGGUCCAGCUGUCCGACUCUGGUAUCUACACAUGUGUGGCUCGAAGCCAGGCAGGUCUGGCUGAGCUUAGCUACAACCUUCUGGUCCAAGUACCUCCAUUAUUGGCUCGCAUGGAGCCAGUGGAACAGGUGACGGUGGUGCGAGGGUCACUGGUGACGCUGGCCUGUGAGGCCCGGGGCAUGCCUCCGCCCUCCCUCUCCUGGUUGAAGGACGGUCAACCUCUGUCGCUGCACCGUAACCUGCUUCUGGACGGCCAGGAGACACGUCUGCAUCUCACUGCUGUGGCAUCCCAUGAUGCCGGCCUCUACAGUUGUGUGGCCAGUAAUGCGGCUGGCAGCAGCACCAAGACCUUCAACCUGACGGUUCUGGAGCCCCCUAAGAUCAGCUCAGGUUCUCCAGAGGAAGUGUCCAUCCCUGUGAACAGCCCCCUGGAACUCGAGUGUGUGACUGAAGGGACCCCCCCUCCCACUCUCAGCUGGCUUAAGGAUGGGCUCCCCCUAGUGGAUGUGGGCAUUGUGCAGAGAGACGGGGUGCUUUUGAGGAUCAGCGAGGUGCAGGUGGAGGAUGCAGGACUGUACACCUGCCUGGCCAGCAGUCCUGCUGGAGAGGAUGGGAGGAACCACUGGGUUCAUGUUCAAGUGCCUCCAAGCCUUCUGGGUGCUGGUGACGUCAGGACCGUGACUGUGGUGACCAAAGGUCACCUGACUCUGGAGUGUCAGCCAGACAGUGACUCUCCACCUGACAUCAAGUGGCUCAAAGAUGACGUCCAGCUGCAGGUGACCGGACGCAUCCGGAGCCUGGCAGGGGGGCAGUUUCUGGAGAUCCAGGAUGCAGAGCCCCAGGAUGGCGGCCACUACAGCUGCGUGGUUUCCAACGCGGCGGGGAGCACCAGCUUGUCCUUCGUGGUGAAGAUCCUCUCGCCGCCGCUGGUCAAAGCUGGGCUGUCAGUGGUGACAGCUCAUGUCAAUCAGCCGGCUGUGCUACCCUGUGAGGCUGAAGGAGAGCCCACCCCCUCGGUCACCUGGAGGAAAGAUGGAAACCCACUGCCGCUGGAAGAGGGCAGGUUCUCCAUGUCAGCGGAGGGAUCGCUGCGCAUCGGGUCGACCCAGGCGUCUGAUGCCGGUCGGUACUACUGCGUGGCCUCCAACCCUGCUGGUUCUGAUCACCGUGGAAUGGACCUGCGUGUGUUCGUGGGUCCUUCCAUUGGUCCUGGCCCCUUUAACGUCACCAUGACGACCGGCGUGAGGGCAGUCCUGAGCUGUGAGACCACGGGUGUACCUCCACCCAAGGUGUCCUGGAGAAGAAAUGGGACACCCCUCGACCUCACCCAUCAGUCCGGGGCCUACAGGUUACUCUCCUCUGGCUCGCUGGUCAUUCUGGCCCCAUCUGAUCGGGAUGAAGGGUAUUUUGAAUGCACAGCAGCCAAUGAGGUUGGGGAGGAGCGAAGGGUCAUUGAGGUCAUCCUGCAAGUUCCUCCUUCCAUUGUGGAUGAUGUCACCUCCGUCACAGUGGUGACGAUGUCACCGGUGGUCUUGCCGUGUCACGCGCUGGGAAAUCCCGAGCCCAGUGUGAGCUGGACCAAGGGGGGGGCACAGCUCAGCUCCCGGGGGGCCAGCUAUCGGGUCCUGCCAACAGGGGCUCUGGAGAUCCUUGCUGUUGUCCCCAGCCAUGCGGGCAGAUACACCUGCUCCGCCCGCAACGCCGCUGGCGCCGCCCACAAGCAUAUCAGCCUCACCGUGCAAGAGCCACCGGAAAUACAACCCAUGGCCGAGGAGGUGCAAGUGCUGUUGCAUCGUGGGAUUGCUCUGCCCUGUGAUGUCCAAGGCUUCCCCAGACCGUCUAUUACUUGGCAACGGGAGGGCGUACCCAUAGCAACUGGUUCGCGGCUGGCGGUCCUUCCCAGCGGCGAGCUGCACUUCUCUCGCGUGACACUGGGUGACGCUGGCGUGUACGAGUGCCUGGCGAAGAACGAAGCUGGCACAGCGACGGGGAGGACUCGGCUCAUCCUACAAGUGCCCCCGGUGAUCACCGCGCCACACCCAGAGCAGGUGGCGGUGCUGGGCCAGCCGGUUGGCCUGCGAUGCCAAGUGGACGGCCAACCGACACCUGAGAUCACAUGGCUGCGAGACCGGCGGCCCGUGGCCGAGGGGGGGCGGCUGCGCGUGUUCGCCAAUGGCACUCUGUGGCUCUCCGCCGUGCAGCGCGCGGACGGAGGCCUCUACACCUGCUCCGCCAGCAACCCGGCCGGCCGCGGCAGUGCUGAUGUCCGCCUCAUUGUCCAUGUUCCACCCAUGAUUCCAAUCGGCCAGGCAGAGCUGUCUGUCAUCCAGGGAUUCCAGGCCCUCCUGCCCUGUGCUGCCCAGGGUUCGCCAGAGCCCAGGGUGACAUGGGAGAAGGACGGUGUGGCGUUGAGGGCCGUCCCGGGGAAGUUCACCAUGCUGCGUUCUGGGGAGCUGAUCAUCGAAAGGGCAGAGCCGGCUGACGCGGGCGUGUACACGUGCGUGGCAGUGAACGCCGCCGGCACAGCCCGACAGCAGGCUCGUCUACACGUCAACCGGCGCCCUGCCUUCAAGGAGCUGCCCGGUGAUGUGACCCUGAACGUGGGCCAGCGCCUCAGCCUGUCCUGCCACGCCCAGGGAACUCCCACACCCAGUGUCACGUGGAUGGCCAACAACAGCCCCUUCCCAGGGCCCAGUGUGGAUGAGGCCGGCCGGAGCUCCCUGCUCAUCGAGAACGUGACUCUGACUGACGCAGGCACCUAUGUGUGCAUGGCUGAGAACAGCGUGGGCACCAUCCGGGCGCUGUCCUUUGUGCGGGUUAGGGAGCCCCCAGUGCUGAGAGGGGAGGCACACACCACCCAGACCGUGGUACUGGGGGGCUUGGCCAUGCUGGACUGUCCGAUGCGAGGUGACCCCAUGCCCACCUGGCGCUGGAGCCGAGACGGCCACCCCCUGCCGAACACUCUGCGCUCACACAGCCUUCACAAUGGCUCCCUGGCCAUUUAUGGCGUGGUGAGCGAUGACUCCGGGGAGUACCGGUGUGUGGCAGAGAGUGAGGCAGGGUCAGCUGAGCGCAGCAUCUCACUCAGAGUACGGGUUCCAGGUGUCUACUCCAGUUGGGGCCAGUGGGGUCCUUGCAGCGCCACCUGUGGACAGGGGCUCCAAGAGCGAAUCAGAUUGUGCAAUAAUCCAGCACCAGCCAAUGGUGGAGCACCAUGUCAAGGAGCAAGCACUGAAACGAAGACCUGUCAAUCUAGGCUUUGCCCUGGGGAUGUGCCCAGGAGGGCUCGGGGCAGCCUCAUCGGCAUGGUGAAUGAGCAGGAAUUCGGCGUUGCUUUCCUGGAGGCCAACAUCAGCGAGAAUAAGGAACGGGGCAGCAGCAUUUUGGAGGGACACAUAGAAAACGUGCCUCCCAGUGUGGGCCCUCUGCUGCGAGUGCUGGUGUCUGUCUUCGCCCCAAUCUACUGGACCACCGUGCUGCAGAUGGCUGCUACCCAGAAUGGCUUUUCCCUGACCCAGGGUCUGUUCCGGCAGGAGUCCCAGCUCGAGUUUGAGUCAGGGGAGAUCCUGAGGCUGACUCACGUGGCCAGGGGCCUGGAUGCUGAGGGAAUCCUCCUGGUGGACAUUGUUAUCAAUGGCUUUGUUCCUCGGAUCCUCUCUGAUCUGCCUGUCAGCCUGCAGGAAUUUGACGAGUCGUACGUGCGCACGGGGCCGGGGCAGAUGUAUGCCUGGUCUUCCCAAAGUCACCUGCAAGGCGGCUCCCCUUUUCUGCUGCGCUGCAACCACACGAUGGUGUACGAGGAAGGCCCCGAGCACCAGGGGCCACUGCUGCAGCUGCUGAGGGUGUCCGGCAUUAGUGGGGCUUACAGUUGGACAAGCCUCAGCCUGGACUUCCAGCUCACUGCCUCGCUGAUCCUACCCAAUGGCAAAGGAGACAGUUGCCCCAAAGGGUUUGUCCUGGAUGCAGCCUCAUUCUGUGCAGAUGAGGAUGAGUGUGUCUCUCAGGCCCCCUGUGAGCACUCCUGCCAGAAUCUCAUAGGUGGCUUCUCAUGUGCCUGUCCCUCAGGCUUCACCAUCUCCCCCGUGUCCCACACCUGCCAAGACAUCGAUGAGUGUGACCAGGGCUCCCACAUGUGUCAAUACAACCAGCAGUGUGUGAACACCGAAGGGGGCUAUCGCUGCCAAGCCCAGUGCGGCCCCGGGUUCAAGCCCAGUGUCGCCGGAACCAGCUGUGAAGAUGUGGACGAAUGCCAGGAGUCUUCCAUCUCCCCCUGCCAGCAUAAGUGCCUGAACACCUUGGGCUCCUUCCGAUGUGCCUGCCACGUGGGCUACCAAGUCUCCGGUUCGCGCUGCUUAGACAUCAACGAGUGCACCCGCAAUGUGUGUCCAGCCCCCCAGCAGUGCCGCAACACCGACGGCAGCUACCAGUGCAUCGACGGCUGCCCCACUGGCAUGGUACAAGUCGAGGACGGGGCAUGUGUGGAUGUUGACGAGUGCCAGGAUGGCAGCCACAUGUGUCGCUACAGCCAGGUUUGCCAGAACACAGUGGGGGGGUACAGCUGCUUGUGUCCCCGAGGAUACCGGUCCCAGGGGCUUGGCCAGCCGUGUCUGGACAUCAACGAAUGCCUUCAGGUUCCCAGCCCUUGCGCCCACCAGUGCCGCAACCUUCCAGGCAGUUUCCGGUGCCUCUGUCCGCCAGGCGCCGCCCUACUGGCGGAUGGGCGUUCCUGCGCUACCUUGGAAAGGGGGCGUGUCCCCAGUAAUGGCACUCGGGUCCUGGCACGGCUGCGCCCCCAACUGGUGUCUGGCCUGGGUCAUCCCGUCCUCACACGUCUGUCCAUCCUGCCUGAGCAGCAGGGAGGCACCUUGGUCACUGGGCGUGGCUGCCCGCUGGGCUACCACAGCAAGGAGGGGGUGUGCGUGGACGUAGACGAAUGUCAGCUGUGGAAGCCUUGUCAGCAUGAGUGUCGGAACACCCUGGGCAGUUUCCAGUGCCUGUGCCCCCCAGGCUACCAGCUGCUGCCCAAUGGGAGGAGCUGCAAAGACAUCGACGAAUGCACCGUACAGGGCAUUCAGUGUGGCCCUAGUCAGAUGUGCUUCAACACUCGAGGGGCAUACCAGUGUUUGGACACCCCCUGCCCCGCCUCGUACCAAACAAGAGGGGCCCCAGGGACUUGUUACAGAGCCUGUUCACUGGACUGCUCCCCGGGGGGCGCCCCACUCCUGCUGCAGUACAAGCUGCUGACCCUCCCCCUGGGGAUCCCAGCCAAUCACAAUGUGAUACGCCUCUCCGCCUUCUCAGAGGGCGGGAGGCUACAGGAGCGCACGACGUUCACCAUCCUGGAGCAGGGAGGGGGUGACGAAGGUGCGGACGAGGCCAUUCCCGUGGGGGGGCCGCAGUUUGGGAUCAGAGACGAGGCCGGGCGGGGCAUCAUAUUCACUGCGCGGCCGCUGGACUUGCCCGGGCUGGUCCGCCUGCGUGUGCAGGCCACCACAUUUUCUGCGCAGGGCCACGUCACCUACCAGAGUGUGUUCAUCAUCUACAUCUCCAUCUCCCGCUACCCAUAUUGAGACUGGUCCCACUGUUGGACUUCACAUCUAACACAUCUGAGAGUCUAGCUACCAGACCAGAUACUGAGAGCUCACUUCUUCAACCAGAACCAGAAAAACAAAUGCAGCGUGAUACUAUCAAGCAGAAUCUAAACGGUGAAUAAUUCUCUACUGGACUGAUCUCAAGGCAUUGCGAAGCAAAAAUUAAUAGUGGGAAGAAUUUUUUUCUAAUUUUAUUUAAGUAGAGUUGAGCAUCUCACUUAGUACAUAAUAUUAUUGUUUUCGUUUUGUGGGAAUGCCAUGGAAUUUCUAGAUGUCAAACUAAGAUGUGAAAAUGUUUUACGUUAGUUGAGAAACCUUUUUACAGUUCUUUGUUUUGUUCUUUGGGGAUCAGUAUUGCAGUGUCACACUACAGUGAAAUUAUAAUUGUUUUAUGUUUAUUCAAAAGAGCAGGCUGACUAAUAUUGUCACUGAAUUAUGCUAUUUUGUCACAAGUAAAAUGGAACUAUAUUUAAGGGUUAAAAAGCAUUACUUUUUAUAUUACAGUAAGCAAAUUGUGUAUUUUUUAAUGAAUUUGUCUUUGUAUUGUGUUAAAGCAUUCGAGCUUGAUUGACAUGUAAAGGGAUAAUCAACUGCAAUUGUGUUUUGGUUGUAUUACUGUGGUACUACCUCUUCGACUUGGAGUUAACCACGUAAAAUGUUCAGAUGUGUUUUGCAUCAUUAAAACGUUUUAUGUUUGACAA